AUGGACAAAAUACCAUUAGAAGAAUCAGAAUUGCAUAUGGUCGUAAAAUUCCUUGUUGGCUACGAAAUGCAUAUUAAGCUUCGUCAAGACUACCAAAUUGGUGGUACAGAAAGUAGCUGUGAACUAUACAUUGGCUCAGUAUACAAUGAUAACUCUUCUUCUGCAAAUAUUACGGUUUGCGAUACCAAGCUAUUAAAAGUUGUUUUAAACGUUUACUCAGGAAGCGAAUACUUGUGGUCUCCAAUGGCGUUCAUAAAUAACAGAAAAAAAAGAGCAGCUACUUCAACUUCUAAUGAUUUAACUUUGGAGACGUUAGUUGUAGUAGAUCACUCUUUACAUACAAAGCUUAAAGCGGUUGUCCCAGAUAUUGAACAGUUUGUAACGACCUUGAUGAGUAUUGCAAAUGACUUUUAUCAUCACAAAUCUCUCGGAAGCAGGAUUAAUAUUGCAGUCACGAAAAUCGUCAUUAUGAGUGAAGCUGACCAAAGAGCAAUGGGACAAAACAUGCUUGCUCAGCUUCAGCUGUAUUACUUCAGUCAGUGGCAAUACCAGCAUUACCCUGAUUGCGAUCAUGCUGUGUUGUUAACUGGUUUAUCGCUAAAAGGAAACAAUUAUGAGUCUAUAGUUGGAUCUGCAUGGAGCGGAACUAUGUGUGAAAGAAUGUUUAGUAACUCUAUAGUUGAAGUUGUCAGUUUAUUAUCUGGAAUUACGAUUGCACAUGAAAUAGGACACAGUUUCGACUUAAGACAUGAUGAAGACUAUGGGACUCGAUGUAGUGGCCGCAGUUAUGUAAUGUCCAAACAAUUUACUUUGAAUGGAGAAUUAACUUGGUCGCGUUGUAGUGCGUCAAAACUGAAGGAAUUUCUAAACUCGUUAGCUCAGCCAGGACAGUUAUUUGACGUUGCUGCUCAGUGCAAAAUUCGUCAUGGACCCACAGCGACUCCAUGCGAUGACAUCAAUGCAGCUGCGGUUUGUUCUCGGUUGUGGUGUCGAGUCAAUGGUCGGUGUACAACAGAUAAUUUCCCGCUAGUUGAUGGAACAAGUUGUGGUUUAGACCGAUGGUGUCGAAACGGAAAAUGUUCCGAAAAGAGUUCUGCUACAUCAUCACUUGGCAAAUGGAGUGCAUACUCGGAUUUUAGCGCAUGUAGUAGAUCCUGUGGAGGUGGUAUACAAUAUCGUCAGAGGUUUUGCGUAUCUCCGUCUGGCGACGCUAUUUGCAACGGCAAAAAUAAAGACUUUCGAAUUUGCAAUAUUCAGUCUUGCCCGUCUAACGCUAAAUCCUAUCGGGAUUGGCACUGCCAGAUGCUUGGUUUUAGCAAAGCUUACUUAAAUCAUUAUUAUGGCAAACAUGUGGAAUCAACUUGCGACUUACUUUGCUCGUAUCAAUUCGGACGGUUAAGUGUUGUGAAGAAUGUUUCUAAAGUUGUAGACGGUAUACGAUGUGGAAAAUCUUCAGUGUGCUUUAAAGGAGUUUGCUCGUCACUAGGUUGUGAUGGCAUUGUAAACUCUGGGGCAAAGUUAGAUCGGUGUGGCGUUUGCAAUGGAGAGAAUGAAUCGUGUAAAGUAAUACAACAAGAAUUAGUGACCUACGAUUACGAACAAGUACAAUUUCCUCGGGGCGCUCGAAGCAUCCUUAUUACUGAAAGAUUCAGAAACCAAAAUGAAGAACUUCGAUUGAAAAAUAGAAAUGGUCAAUCAGUUGUUAUUAAUCCUAGAAAUCAAAAUGAUUCCUAUUACUUUGGAGGAACGGAAUUUUUUUCAAUGUUUGUAAAUGGCCUUGGACGUAUACAAGCCAAUGGUCCUAUCAAAGAAGAUAUUUUCCUGCAAAGUCGUAGUCAUCUUCAGUUGAUGCUCGAGUACAAAAUAAGCAGAAAAGAAUUUGCUUCGUUGAGCUCUUACGGCUGGAUAGCUUUCGAGACAAAGUGCAGUGCUGUUUGUGGAGGAGGAUCGAAAAUUCGUUACGCAAAGUGCGGCACUAUUAGCUCUAACGGUAGUAGAGUUUUUGUGCCGGAAUAUGUUUGCGGUACAGCCGUAAAACCGAAAAAUAUAACGUUGUCAUGCAACAGUCAACCUUGCCCUACAAGCUUUGAUUCUACCUUUAGACCCCAGUUUACAUUCAAGUGGCGCGUAUAUGUUAAUCCGUGCAGCAAAUCGUGUGGUUCGGGAACUCAAAUCAUAACGUAUAAAUGUUUUAAAGUGGAAACUGAUCAAAUGGUAUCUGAUAGCCAUUGCAAUGGCGUGGUUAAGCCUUUUUCGUAUAUUCGUAGAUGUAAUACGAAAUCUUGUGCUGUCCAAGCAAAAUGGAAAGCCGGCAAAUGGAGCAGUUGCAGUAAAAGUUGCGGUGGUGGUAUAAAAUAUCGCAGCAUAGCUUGUAUCGAUAACCAAAGCGGCCACAUAAUUCACCCAAGCAAAUGUUCUCCACACGACGUCCCUGCUUCGUCUUCCAGUUGCAAUAAUCAGAAGUGCCUGAUAGGAAAAUGGAAGGUCCAUUCUUGGGCAAAGUGCAAAACGACUAACCAAGGAUGUGCUCAAACUCGCCAACUCUACUGUUACAAUCCUCAAAAUCAUGAAGAAUUACGAUUUACAGACUGUGAUAAUUCCAUUCGUCCUGAACGUAUUCGUUUAUGUCAGCCGAUGGCUUGUGGUUAA